AUGGACGACUCGCUGCCCUCCGGCGUGAGCUUCUGGCAAGGCGACUUCCGGGUGCACAUCUACCGCCUGUCUCACGAAGAGCCGGAGCAGGAGAUGAUAGACGGGGCGGGUGAGGAGGAAGAGAUAGCGGCGUGCGACCAGUGGGUCUUGCCUGCUGCAAGCUUGGAAGGGGUGUGGGAAAGCUUGGUUCUCGCGCGGGGAGUGAAGAACCACCUCCUGGAGUACGCAACCUCGGCCCUGCUCUUCACGGACAAGGGUGUCAGCAAGAACGUCAUCUCGUGGAACAAGGUGGUUUUGCUUCACGGCCCCCCGGGCACCGGCAAGACCUCCCUGUGCAAGGCCCUGGCGCACAAGCUCAGCAUCCGCCUCGGCGACAGGUACUCCACCGGGCAGCUGCUCGAGAUCAACGCUCACAGCCUCUUUAGCAAGUGGUUUUCGGAGAGCGGAAAGCUCGUGCAACGACUGUUCGAGCACAUCCUGGAGCUGGCGGACGACGAGGACAGCCUGGUCUGCGUUCUCGUAGACGAGGUGGAAAGCCUGACGGCCGCGAGAUCGGCUUCCAUGGGGGGCAACGAGCCCUCGGAUGCCAUGCGAGUGGUGAACGCGGUGCUCACCCAGAUCGACAACCUUCGGGAGAGGGACAACGUCCUGGUCUUGACUACCUCAAACGUGUCCGAGGCGAUCGACCUGGCGUUCGUUGACAGGGCAGACAUCAAACAGUACAUCGGUCUCCCCACCGCCCCAGCACGGUACCAAGUCCUCCACUCGUGCCUAGAGGAGCUGGUGAGAGUGGGCAUCAUCUCGCCGCCGUCCCACCUGCCGCCGUCCUACUCGAAAGCGGUGGGGCUCACGGCGGGAGCGGCGGGGGCGGCGGCAGCCCCGUCGGCGUCUCCGUCGUCUUCUUUCCCAUCCGCCGGUGCACCGCCGCAGCCGGCGUCUGGCGAGGACACAUCCCGAAGAGGUGGUGGUGGUAGUGCAUCUGCCAGCCUGUGGGAGGAGAAGGGCGAAGGAGAUGGAGACGGAGGAAGAGAACGCGUCGCCAACGGCGGUGGCAACAGCAACGGGGCGAUCGGUCUGGAACCGGACGGCGGGGGUGACGUAGUAGUGAUGGACACCGACGGGGGAGGGGCGCCGCAAAUCAGAACUGGACUACAUGCAGGGUCAGAGGCCCUUCUAGAGGUGGCUCGCCUGGCGGAGGGGCUCAGCGGACGAGCGCUGCGGAAGCUGCCGUUUCAGGCACACGCCUUCUAUGUGCAAAGGCAAUCGUGCACGCUGGCGGAGUUCCUGUCUGCGAUGACCCGGGCCGUUCACAAGGAGCUGGGGGACCGCCGGAGCCUGGAGACGCACCGAUGA